GGAUUUCAACCUUUAUUAUAAGUUUAUUUAGAAAUGGAGCUACAAAUAGAAGAAAUAUAUGAUUCAUACGGAAUAGAGGAAGAUUUGAAAGGGAAUUUUGGGAAUUGAGGGAAAAUUAAGGCUAGAUGACAGGGAAAGAGCACUAUUGCUUCAAACCUAGUCAUCGCUAAGAACAAUAACAAAAGACUUUGGAGGCUACUUCAGGCCAAAAGCCGCGAAGAAUCCGAUUUAGGAUUCUCUGUAUUGUACCAGAGCCCUAAGAAGUCUGCCAAAAUUCAGAAUCAUAACAAUAGAGCACCUGAAAUCGGCCUUGACUGUUCUCUAACUAGUAGCUUCGCAGGAAAAGCCUUGUUCUCAAGAACUUUUUAUAAAGAUAAAAUAGAAAUCGAGCCGAAGUCAGCAUCCAAGAUUAAAAGUAGACUUCAGACAGCGAAAAAUCGAGCCGUCGCUUAUAAAAAUCUGUACAUUCAAAAGGAAGAAGACAAGAUAAACGGGCGUAAACUUCUGCUUGGAGAGACAUAUCACGUCCUAAGCCCUAAAAAUUCUCUAUUGCUUCGUAACAAGAAAUUUAGAAAUAGGUCUAAGCCAAGGCUGGGAGCCUCCUCAAACCGGAACGAAGGAGCUGAACUAGACUUUUAUUCAAGAGUAACUGAGAGUAACUUCGGGUUUUCUGGGAAUUAUUCUCGAACUACUACUGCAAAAACCAAACAGCACAAGAGAAUGAAAUCUAAUUAUUGUAAGGUAUUACUGGACAAAAUCGUGAACUGUACUAAAACAUUUGAAGAUUAUGAGAAUAUUCGAACUUUUUCGAUCGAUAAUAAACAAAAGGUGGCUAUAAAGGCCAACUUGAAGAAGAAAAUCCCCAGGUAUAUGCACGGAACAGACUCUCCGGAUUAUACUGCAAUUAAUAAGUUAAGCAACUUGGUCAAGACACAGCGAAGGAACUUUACUAAGAAAACUGGGUACCGAUGAAGUCCAUUCUCACAAACCAUGAAGACAUCCCUAUCAAACUCUAAUUUCGCAAAAGGGGUUAGCAAACAGAGGCUGAACCAAAUUAUGUACCCUGAUAAGGGAGAAAGCUAGUGUAUAUUACUAUUCUAUUUCGAAAAUCAACUUUAUGA